AUAUUACAAUGUCAAAUUUUCCUAAACAAAACCCAUGGAUGGUUCGUUGCAUUUGGGCCUAAAACAAAAAAAUUAAUUUUUAAAUUAAAAAUGUAAAUAGUUUAAAUAAUUCGGCUUUUUUAUGUGUAGCAGAUUCUCCUUAAACAAUUUACAUAUAAUUAAAGAUUCUGUCAAUUUAUCUAUCUGUCUAUUUAUCUAUUGUGAUUAUAAUAGUUGUGUCUUUCCUAUAAUAGUGAAGAAAACUGAGAAAGAUGGUUCGCGGUAAGUUAUCUUCGGCCUCAGCUACAGCAGCACUGCCCACCACACCCAUUCAGAUGCAAACCAGGCGUCAAAAGUUGCUCAAUGGAUCAAUGACGUCACCCCCAACCCCACAUAGAAUAGAACUAAGGGCCGAGAGUAAUGAGGAAAAUAAUCGUAAAAAACCGCUUAUAUGUCAGCCUCCUGCUCCUAAAGCUAGAAAAAAAUUGAUUAACAAUCAUAUAGGAACGAAUAAUAAUUGUAAUAAUAACAAUAAUGGAGAAAUCAAAGAAACGAUAAAAAGCAACGGAACCAAUAAUCAUAAAUUUAAUGGGCAACAAAAAUUAACAGAAUUUUUCCCUGUAAGACGAUCGGUUAGAAAAACGAAAACGACUGUCCUGGAAGAGCAACAGAUGGCUCUCGAGAAAAUGGUGCGAAACAAGAUCGAAGACGGACUGGAAGUGAGAAUAUUUAAAGACAAGGGCCGAGGAGUGGUCGCCGCUAAACCGUUUCAAAAAGGGGAUUUUGUGAUAGAGUACAGCGGAGAAUUGGUCGAUAUAUUAGAGGCUAAGGAGCGUGAGGAAUUGUAUGCCCAGAACGAGAACGCUGGCUGUUAUAUGUAUUAUUUUAAGCAUAAUGGGAUACAGUAUUGCAUUGAUGCAACAGAAGAGACUGGUAGGCUAGGCCGUCUGGUGAACCAUUCCAGAUCUAAUCCCAACCUCGUCACCAAAACUCUUAUGGUUGACAAGAAGCCGAGGCUUGUCCUUAUUGCCAAAGAGGAUAUUAAAGAAGGAGAAGAGAUUUUAUAUGACUAUGGUGAUAGAUCGAAAGAGUCCUUGCAGCACCAUCCUUGGUUAGCCUACUAAAUAUUUACUUAACGUAGUGUUUUAGAUUGUUUUUUUUGUUACAUGAAGUAUCUUAUUAUUGAAUGCAGCUUUUUUUUUGUAAAUUUUAACAUUUACCACUUUGUGUAUCUAUUUUGGUUCUGCAUUUUUCACCAUCGGUUCGGUUAUUAUACAAAAACGGGGUAGUCGUUGUCUAUGACAAAAAUACUUACAUUGCACUGUCUUUCUAAGAAAGACAUUUUAUUUGUAUUAGUUUAGGUUAUAAGGAUAUUUUAAUCACAAAAUGCUGUUUUGUGAAUUAAAGUUAAGGGAUGGGGUGCACUAUAGGGUCCAUAUAGCUAAUAAAGCACCAUUUAAUGACUAUAAAAAAAUCCCAAUGCCGUGUCGUAAUAUUUACUAAAUAUUAAGCAUUUCCUUUCAGGUAUUUUUUGUUACCCGUUUAUGUUUAAGCGAGCCUUAGAAGUUCAUAUCAACUAUUUUAACUUACAAUAAACUUGUGAUAUGGAGGAUUAAUAUUCUAAAGAAUACAUGUUCAUCAGAUGUGCGUUUGACUAUAAGAAGUACUUUAAAAAAAAUGUAUUUUGUACUAAGGUAUUCCACUGAACGAAUUUCAACCCGAAUUGUUGGCCAUAAUAUUUUUAAUUUAUUAAGACGAGCCCCAAAGAAAUUAAAUAAAAUUGUUGCCAUUUUUUUUUAGAGUUUAGGCCCGUCUUGAUUGAAUAUUUGCUAGAAUCUCUGCCUAGUAUUAAUACCAAACAGUUCAUAGUAUUAUGUAGCUUUUGUAGACAAAGGAGGAAGAAGAAUUUAAGGGAAUGUUUAACCUACAGCUAAAUUUGGUUUAUAAACAUACAUUUAUUGUCUCAUAAGGUUAAAUAUCCCCGAUAAUCAUCGAUAAGUAAUUCGAUGGUUCUUUAGAAUCUUGGACACAUAGUGGCUUAUAGACUAAAAAUUUUUACCAAAAUUGUAUAGGAGUGUACUGAUAGGAGUCAAAAAAAAAUAAUUAAAAUUGAUUUUUACUAGUUUGUUAUUCUCGAUAUUAUUGUACGUCGUUUAUUGCAUUUUUUUGAAUGAUCAAAUAAAGUUAUUGAAAUUUUA